CUUAAGAUUAUUGUAGAAGUGAUACGGGUGAGAAGUUGAACUAACAAUACACCACCCUUCCCACCAACCAGACCUCCUCAUCAUCUAUUUAACCCCUUACAUAUGGAAACCUAUCCAUGCUCAAUCAAGCUUGAAACCCUUAGCUUGAAUCUCGAGGAACUUGUCAUCUGAUCUGCUCCAACAAUGGCUCUUCACCAGCAGAUAUCCUUUCUCUUUCUGCUGUCGUUUGUCACUUUGUUAUCGAUGAAUGGCAACACAAUGCAGGGUGAGGCGCGACACCUUAUGGAGAUAACCUUGCCUGAGCUUCCUAAGCCUGAAUUGCCACCAGUACUUCCUCAUGUUCCAAUGAUACCAAAGCCUGAGCUGCCACCAUUGCCUGAGCUUCCUAAGCCUGAAUUGCCAAAGCCUGAGUUGCCGACUCUGCCAAAGCCAGAGGUCCCAAAACUGCCUGAAAUCCCAGCUUUACCCCAUCUUCCUGAACUGCCGAAACCCAUAAUCCCAACCUUUCCAACCCUGCCUAAGGACUUGCAAAUUCCUUAAUUUCCUUUCCCCACCACACUCAACCACUUCUCCUUGAAUCAUGUUGUUCUUUAUGAUAGGAGAGUAUUAUUUCAUUUCAUAGUAAACAUUUUUAUAGCUUUUAUAUUUGGUAAUGUCUAAUGUGUGCAUGAGAUGAGCCAAUACUUGUUCUGUUACUUUCUUCCAGCUAGGGCAGAUGGUUCAUCUAUUAAUUAUGUUUAUGUGUUUUGCUACUCCACUUUUUACUCACACCGACUCUCAUUCUCUGUACUUUAUACAAAUAUUAUUUAUUUUUGACUGCA